ACACAGAUUUCUUGCGAAACAGGGGGCAGCUUGGUGGAAACUGGACACAUUUUUACCCCACUCAUUUGGUGUUUGGCUGCUGCUCAUCACACAUACAGUGUUGGUGUUCUGUGAUAUGGAAUUCCUGGAGAGAACGCAGGGUGACUCUAUAGAGUUCUACUGUAUCUCUGAGUUCAAUGCCUCCAAGCCCAUUGGGCUCUACCUGAAACGCAAGUGGCUGCAGCCCAACCAAGUGGUCCUGUUCAUGUUUACUGAACAAAAGCCUUCGUUUUACGGUGACGUCAAAGAGCGCAUCCAUGUCACGGGAGACCCGAGUACUCACCGGGUCAACGUGACCCUCAGCCAGCUGAAGGGAACAGACACAGACCUCUACUACUGUGAGUUUGUCUUCCCCGAUGCCUCCAGCGUCGAUCAAAAGAUUCCAAGCAAUAUGGAGUUCUUUCUGUACGUUGACAAUGUUGAUGUCCCAGACAACAAGAUGGAUGUAGGCCUGAUAGAGACGUGCGCCGGGGGGUCAGCUGUCCUCCCCUGCCUCGCCCCCUACGGUUCCCCCUCGGCCAUGGAAGGGGUAUGCCUGAAGAGGCGGUGGGGCCGGGCUCCAGUGGAGGUGCUGUUCCACUUAAAGCGCCCCUCUUCCUCUGCCUCGUUCCCCCCAGAAGAGAGGCUUCACCUGGGCACGGGUCUGGGCAGCCUGGCAUACAACCUCACCCUGCUAAAGAUGCAGCCGGAAGAGAGCGCCUUUUACAGCUGUGAGCUGCUGCUCCCCGGCAGGUCCGACAACAGUGCCAGGCUAGGGAGAUACGUUUACUUUGUGUCUGUGCAAGGUGUUAGGUGUAGCUGUACUGGCUACACUCCACUGCUCUAUGCCCUUUCUGCUACUGUGGGGCUGCUACUCAUCUUCCUUAUGGCCCUGGGAGUGGCUCAUUAUGGUAAGACCCGAGGAGACCGUGUCAAACCGCAGCACCACCAGGCUUCCAUCUACGAGGAGAUGGUUGGGGUGCGGCCCCCCAACCGGAAUGGAAAAGUGUCUCCCUCUUACCACCCGAGGCCCCCCCCUCUGAGUUCUCAACAGGAAAACCACAGAGAGGCCCAAAGAGUCACCGCUAGUAUCUGAAACUACGAGGAACAAGGUCUGCUCAAUCUCACCAACAUGAUGUUUGACUAUAACUACAAUUUACAUAACCUUAAAUCUGGACAAACAAACAUCCACCUAACUUAGUUUGUUGUACUGUAAAUGCUGUUGUGGCGUUAUAAACAAUGUUUUGUAUUUGAUGUAAAUGCUGGCAGCUAAAUGUUGUAGCCUUGCUUUACUUUUUGAAAAGGUAUUGUAUUUAAACCAACAAAAAUAUUAAGUGUAAUACUUGUCUUUAUUAGUGUUGUAUUUUGACAUGGUACAUUUGUGCAGGAAACAGAUAAUCAUGGCCAUUCCAAUAUCAGGACUUACAAAAUACCCAUUUCUACCUGGUGCUAACAUCCCGUCCUUUGUCCACAUUCUGAGACAGAUGUAGACUAUUAAAUGCAUUGUGGUCCGGUGAAUUGUCUUGAUAUCAAGUGUAGACUGAUAAAACCUUUAUGGCGUCAAGAUGUCUCAAUAUUUUGAAUACUGGAUGGGACCAGGAAACCUGGUCUUAAUGCGGACUGGCUAAUAUGUGGACAAGCUCCAGGACACAUGCUCGCAACAGGGUGCCUGCCUUUCCACAUUGAGUUUGCUACAUAUCGGAAAUUAACCAGUCAUGGGAUGGUCCACCGGAUGUGUUUGCAUGGUGUGCUGAACCACAGCUUCAAAAUCUAAUUGUAUUUGUCACAUGUGCUGAAUACAACAGGUGUAGACCUGACAGUGAAAUGCUUAGUUACAAGCAUAUAGAAAAAUAAGCGAGGCUAUACACAGGGGUUACAGGUAAUAUGUAAGCAGAGGUAGUGACUUUGCAGUUCAGUUGGAUGUGAAAGCUGCAAUGUCCUUUUGCGAUAUGCAAAUUCUGAGAACUCACUCUGACCUGAAUAAAAGUGCAAUAGAGAUUUAACUCAACAGCUUACUGUAAAAAAAAUUUUUUAUAACAAGGGGUGCUUCAAGUGUAUUCCUUGGUGGUGUGUGCGAGUUGUCUGAAGUUGCUUCCUUAUCCGGCUGCAUCUAGUUUACUGGCUUCAUCUCUAGAGGUGCAUUAAUACUAAUGUCCACAUGAAAAAUCAAGACAACACAAGAAAUCGACAAGACGCUUUUUAACAGCCAAGAAAAAUGUCAAUUUAUUAAUAUAGUCCGAAAGAAGCUCCAUAACUCAUGGAAACAUGUUUUCCGGUGCAUGUCAUUAACAAUCACAUUCUAUGAGGAGAAAAAAAACAUUAAAAGCCACAACUUUCUCAGUACAGACAUUUCUCCUUAAUGUUUCUUUUUUAAAUAAAAAGGCAGAGUACCACCUCCUCCCCCCCUUACAAAAACCAGACCGCCUUAAAAGUCAUGGGCUUUUUCUCAGUAUAACCCACAGUGCUUUAGCAGAAGGAUAAGCGCUCAUUGCUUAAGGAUUACACAGCAUGGCGAAGCAAUACAAAGUUUUGCCAUAAAUCUGAUGAGGGGGAAGAAAAUCUAACAUAGCAAAUUUGUAGCACAAAGACACACCCCUACAUCAAACCCUGAACCCCAGAGUACGAGUUCCGGGCCCCAAGAGAAAAGCAGGCCUGGACUCUCCCUCCCACUUGUGCAUAGAUCAUGAUCCUUUAAAAACCAGCUACCCCCCCACACUUCAAAUCUGUCUCCUGAAAACCAUCUAUUAGACAGAAUCUCUUAACUCAUUGAAUAUCUGCCACAGGAACCGAGACAGUAAUGCACAAAGCUCCUGAAAGUUACAGGAUGGAACCUCAAAGAAAAUGCAUAAGUAAAACUAAUCACUGCCGUUUGACAAUUAAAACCAUUUAUCAAUUUUGUUUAAAUGUAAAGCAAUUUUACAUGUAAAGCACUCUACUUUUUCUCUCUCAAAGUUCAUUUUCAGUCAUUUAUUUGGUAAAUUAUGUAACUGCUAUGGAUUUUUAGAAGCAAUGGUAUAUCAUAUUCUAUUUAAAUCCCUAACGUUCAGUGCCUGGAGUUACAUUUCUCAAAGUUAUUGUAAUUUAAAACUCUCAAAUUUAAAUACAAAUGGUGGAGUUUGAACUCUGGAAAUCCUGGCCUUCCCGAGACAAGAUCCACAUCUUUACGAGUGUGCAAGAUAGUGAGCAAAUUGCGUUGUCUUUUUACAAAGACAAAAUUCAAAUAAUUCAAUACAUACAGUCUGUCGACAUAAAAAAAAAGAGAAAU